AUGGCGGAGGCACCAAGCUCUGCAACACGAGGCUGGACAUUGCUGAAGCCUGAUUUAGUAAGCCCUAAAGCCACAGCUACAAACACUUUGGGAGCCAUAUUUGACGACUUUUGGGCCAUGCUGCUCGACAGGGCAAGGCAAGUGAAAGCCACACAGGAGCCUGACAAGGGAGACCAAGCAUGCAACCUGGAGCGGCCUGAGAGGCUGCCUACAAGCAGACAAACAUCCCGCACUACUCCACUAACACAGAGGCGACGCAAGCUGCGGACACAGCGCUACCGGCUGAGACACCGAGAUGCGGACAGACGUCCUGCCCGCUGCCGUAAAACACCAAGUCCCAAAGCGCCACGACCGGUUCUAAGCAACAUACCGAAACCAAUGUGGUCACCUCCAGGCCGCCCCCCAUGCCGCCCUAGGCUGGGCAACCCCUUACCAAGUGAGAGAGCUGCCGCCUGGAUGACCACCAACGUGCUGGACAGUCCGGUAAACCCAGUGGGCAUUGGCUGA